GUCCUCACCAUGAGGGCUUUUUCUGCAAACUUGCUCGCCCUUCUAUUCCUGUGCGCCCUUGCGGGUGUUUUCUACGUCUGGAGCUCACUGGAGAGCCGUCUGGAGCGACACAAACGUGGGUCCUCUUCUCACCACGGCCUCCCGGCGGCGGCGGCGGCGGACCCCUCCGCCAAAACUUUUCGGGCAUUGCUCGCUGUCCCGGCGGCACAGAGACCACCGCACUUGGGGGCCAGACUUGAGGCUCCCAACCUCACUGAUCAAACUGCCUCCACGGGAAACCCAGAUCACCAUGUGAAUGGGGACAACAAGAGGUCAGCGCUGCGGGGGGGCAUGGUCAAGUUGGGCUCCCCGGUGGAGGAUGGGAUAUUUUGGAGCGAAUGGCUGGAGGAUCUCCUCCCCGUCGGCUUCUCGGAGGAAUAUGCUCGAUCUUGGCGAGAGAGAGCGAGGCAAUACCGGAUAGUGAAGCUGGAGCCCGGCUGCGGCAGGAUAUCUAACCAGCUCGCCACUUUUGCAGACGGGACCAAAGCGUGUGUGCGUUACGGGAUAAACGCGGAUCAGGUGCAGGGAGAAACUUUGACCUAUUAUCUCGCCAGUUUGCUGGGCAUCACAAACCUGCCUCCUCUGAUACUGUCCCAGCUGAACAGCGACGGUGAGCAGUGGGCGGCUGUGAGGACGCGGAUAGGCGGAUUACAGUGGAGCGACCGAGCCGUGGUUUCUCUCACCGAGUGGGUCUCCAACCUGACCGGGGUGGUCACUCCGGCGCCGCUCAGGCAGGAGAGCGGCGGGCUGCACCCCGUGCUCGGGGAGCUCGGGAACAAGACGACGGUGGAGCUGCUGGAGCUGAUGCAGUGGACCGACCUGAUUUUAUUCGACUACCUGACCGCAAAUUUCGACAGGCUGGUCAGCAAUCUGUUCAGCCUGCAGUGGGACUCGCGCGUAAUGGAGAGGGACACCAACAACCUCCUGAAAACGCCCCGUGGCGACCUCGUGUUCAUAGACAACGAGGCCGGACUCGUGCACGGCUUUCGGGUGUUGAACAUGUGGGAGAAGUAUCACAACACGGUACUGAGCUCCGUGUGCGUGUUCAGAAAAAGGACCGUGCAAAGCGUGGCGGAGCUGCACCGGCGCAGAGACGCCAGGAGCCGGCUGCAGGAGCUCUACAGAGACAGCGAGCCUUUGUCCCCGGAGCUGGGGUUUCUCUCAGACGAGCACGCCGGUGUUCUCCAGGACAGGAUAGACAGAUUAUACAAACACAUUUUGCAUUGCAAAGGAAAGUACGGCCAGCUGUGAACAUCCAGUUGGCACUGUCCAACUGAGCUCUGCAAACGCGAUUGGCACACCUGUGCUAAACUGAUGCGCAUUACACAAAACUUGUCUUGAAUCCCCAGCUGAACUACCUCUUGUGAAAUAGAAUGCGAUGCCUACUUUAUAAAUAAGUACAGUUGACACAUGUUUAUAAGCUCCCUGCUGAGAUAUCCACUGUAUGCCUCACAGAGAGGAAUUAUUAAGGCCAGUCUCUCUCAACUGUCUUACUUCACCCCACUAAUGCUCAUCCUUCAAUAGGAUUAAAUAUAAAGAGUAGUAGGCUAUAUAUUUGUGACUAUAGGGUAUCAUAACGAAGCCCUUCCAUGUGUAUUUGGAUUCUUGCCUUGUGUUCAGCAAUCCUAAUGAUAAAACUCCUAAGCCUUAACAUAAGUUGACUCCUUAAUUCUGUAUUUCUGUUGACAUCUGGCUCACUUUUUUUAUAGAAAAUCGUUUGCACAGUACACUGUCAUAGCAGCACCUGCACUCCUGUAAUUGUGUUUGAAUUGCAUAUUCAGCCUUAAAGUCACAGGUGUACCAUACCCAUUGUACACGUUGUAAAUAUUGUCUGCCGAACUGUUUUGUUUUUGGGAAAUUUGAUGCUCCGCUAAUUUAACAUGCAUUGUAACAUUCCAAAAUCUCUUGUCCUUUUUGAUAAAUACACUGUAAUUUAAUUUAA